UGUACGGGAGUUUCGAAGCGUUAUAGGAAAAAGGCCGCCAUGGCCGCUCUCAGGUUCCUCUUUGGUCACGUUGAAGCUUUUGAUAAUUAAUAAAAAUGGGUAACGCCGCAGCGAAAGUAGAAGAAACAAAAUCAGAAGAAAAGAAGAAACUGAAACCCUGCUGCGCCUGUCCUGAAACCAAGAAAGCGAGAGAUGAAUGUAUUAUAACAAAAGGCGAAGAAAAAUGCGGCGACCUCAUAGAAGCACAUAAAGCUUGUAUGCGAUCAAUGGGAUUUAAUAUAUAAAACAUAGAAGAGCAAUAAAUAUCUCAACAUUAAAAAUGUUUGUUAUAAGGAUCAUACUUCAUAAAAAAUCUUAAGAAGUCUCAGGUUAUAUAUUUACAGGUCUCCUCUGUAUAUCUCUGUAAAUAAUUUACUUUGUAGAAAUUUCUAAUAAGAAUAAAUUAUUAUGUUUAUAAAGCUACAAAA